CUUGUCCCUGGCGUCAGAGGCAGAAACAACUGAGCCCCUGGACUUCUGCUUUACAUUGAGAGCUCAGGAGGGGCGUUUCAUUUUUCCUGCAUCUGGGGAGCCUGCAAGGCUAAGCCCUUUGACCUUUGACAUCUGUGCGGCCCGGUAACCUGGCAUUCCAUAUGAAGAACGGGAUGAGAAACUUCAGGUAUAAGCCAGCAGACUACCAACAGUUACACGCCUUAACCAAAGCCACCAAGUUAGCGUCUGCUUCUGCGGAGAAGAAGAUCAGAAAAGCCAUGGAGACUUCAAAGGCGGCUAAAGAGCAAAUGUUGGUCAAACAACACAAGCAGGUGUGGUGGCAGGAACAGGAACGGCUGCAGGGAACCAGAUGUAAAUUGGAGUCGGAAAUAAAAUCUUGUCUCAAUGAAGAGAGCAUUGGCAACGAAUGCUUUUGUGAGCUUAUGAAUUUUGAGAAAGAGCUGGCAGAACAAUGGUGCACAUAUCUUAAAGCUGUGAUCCACCCUAUUCAUCAGCUGAGAACACACCUGAAGAGACAGUGCCAAACUUCCCAGUAUGCACCCUCCCAUACUGGGUCUAAUUCAGCAAUGGUUCUGGAAGAGGUUGACUUUGUCAGGAAACAAUCCAAGGCUGCCUUUGAAAACCUCAACCAGGAGCAACAGAAACUAGAAAAAGACCUUUCGGCCUGGAGCGUGAAGUUACUAGAUUACUCUUCGGAAGAAAAGGCUAGCCUGCUCAGCGAACAUCCUAUGGAGCUAGAAACUUUGGAGUGCCCGUACCCUGAUCUGAAAUCGUCAGUCCUUAAUGAGUUCUGGAACUUGACAGAGAAAUAUCAAAAGAAACUUGAAGACUUUGAUCUGCAAUUAGAAGACAUACGCAGAAACUUCCAGCUAAGCGAAGAAGAGCAGUGGAUUUACCAGGCUGUCUUAGAUCAGUACCCUGGAAAUCUCCUUGGCAGGAGGACUCUGUACUUGGACAUGUUACAAAGAUACUUUCCUCACAAAUCUAGGCAUCUUUUGGUAGAACAUGAGAAAUACUGUGACCAGUAUCACUUUGCUGGAGAGCAGAGAAGAAUCCUGAUAGACAAUUGGACCAAAAGCAGGAAAGACUUCAUACAGAAAGCUCUGCUGAUCCUCCUCGAGGCCUGGGCAGCCCAUGAGACGGAGAGCAUACUGGCCAAGGACAGGAAACGGCAGCGGGAGCUGUGUGCUGAUCUGAAGGCCAAGGUUUCGCAAUGGCGAGCCCACCAGGAAGAGCUAGCGAGACUGGAAAUGGAAAUUUCCAUCAGAAGAAGAGAAAGGGAGGAGGAGAAAGAAAAACUUUGGAAAGAGAAGGAGUUGCUGCAGAGGGAGGAGACGAAGACAAAGAUAAGGAAAUACUGGGCUGAGAAGCAGCAGAAGUGGCAAGACAUGGAAAUGAGAGAUCUCCAGCGACUAGAAGAACUGACAGCAUUCAUGGCUGAGCAGUCCGUGAAAGACAGAGAAAGGGUUAAAUAUAGACAAGAAUUACUGGAGAAGCGUCUGAUGGAGAGGAAAAAAGUGGCCCUUCAAGAAGUUCAGGAAGAGGAAGAGCGAGAGAGGCGGCUGGAAGCCCUUCGAAAACAGGUUGCUGUUGUUGUCCAGUCUGAUCCAGUUAGGAUGAUGUCAGACACAAUGGCAUGGAAAGCUAGGACGGGCCCUGAACGUGAAGAUGAAUUCGUGCUUCAGAAGCCUCUCUUCACACUGACUACAUACAACGAGCAGCAGGUAAUGAGGGGAAUUAGCAGGAUUGGUGCACAAUCCACGCCGAGAGUCGGAAGACCUGCUGAAGUGGGUGCUUUGAGAUAACUUCUGAUCCUAGACUUAGAUUUGAGCUAGCGCUUCGCGAAGCUGGACUCCAUAAGACACAGUAAGCCAAAGAGAUGCUACCAAAAAUCGGUCCUCUGAAGCCUCCAAGGAAGGACACAGAGUCGACUGUAUUCAAAACCUAGAGGGCACAUGUAAACAGUAUAUGGAUAUGGAUAAUGAUGACCACUGCUUCUGGAUGCUUAAUAACCACCAGACAUAGAAAUCAUAGCAUUUAUUAAACAACUUUGCCUUUUUUAAUAUUCAAAGUUUUAUGCACUAUUCCAUUUUUCUUUAGGUAACCAAAUUCACCAAAUCUAUGGGACUUUGGUAUAUAUGGUGUCGUUUGGUAGGAUGCUAUUUUGGAGGAUUUCUUCCAGAAGUUUAAAAUAACCAUUUGUAGGAAGCAUAUCUUCCACAGAGCUUCUGUUUGUUCUUCCACAGUUUGACUUUUAAUUAUGGAAGCUCUACUAUCAGUUACACUUCUAUUGUUUUUCG